AUGUUGCGAGAGAAUAGAAAUAUAUCUUUUAAAAAAUGUGUUGUAGAGAUACAGAAUUGUGCAUCUUUUGCAUCUCUCGCAAAAGAUGCCCAGGUUUUCGCAGAUCACAUGCAGAUACCUUCCAUGGCCCCUGGAUGGAUAGGCAUCCCACCUUACGUAGGGUCUGAGGUCGUCUCCAACUGCGUUAGCCGGGCGACCGGAGGGGUAGCCUUCCUCUCCACCCUGCUGGUUGCCAGAGUACCCAUUCUGUUGUUGCUGGCCGUUGCGGCGGUUGUAACCGGCCUGCUGCUGCUGCUGCUGCUGGCCGUUACGACUCGGGUAGCCACUCUGUUGCUGUUGUCCAUUGCGACUAGUGUAAUCUGCCUGCUGCUGGCCGCUGCUCGGGUAGCCGACUUGCUGCUCACUGCGGUCUGGGUAGCCAGCCUGCUGCUGACCGUUCCGUCCAGGGUAACCAGCUUGCUGUUGACCGUUGCGACCGGGGUAACCAGCCUGUUGUUGGCCGUUGCGUCCUGGGUAUCCAGUCUGUUGUUGACCAUUGCCGCUCGAAUAUCCAGUUUGCUGUUGACUAUUGCGUCCAGGAUAACCAGCCUGCUGUUGUUCGGCAGCCUGUUGCUGGCCAUUGCGACCAGUGUAACCAGAUUGUUGCUGGCCAUUGCGACCAGUGUAACCAGAUUGUUGCUGGCCAUUGCGUCCAGUGUAAGCAGACUGUUGCUGGCCACGGGCGGGGUAACCAGUUUGUUGCGGGCUGCUAGCUGCAGAGUCGCCUUCCUGUCCACUGGCAGAUGCAGGGUAUCCUUGUUCGCUUUGCAGCUGGCUGCUGGCGCCGGGGUAACCUCCUUGUUGCUGGGCGCUAGAGCCAGGGUAGCCACCUUGAAGUUGCCCACUAGCGCCAGAGUACCCUCCGGACUGCUGCCCACCGAAACUUCCUUGUUGCUGCUGGUUGCUGGCAGAUGUGAAACCACCCUGCUGGCCACCAAAACUCAGAGUGAUCUGGCCUGGCCGGGGCGAGACUUGGCCGUCUCAUCGCCAGGAGAUGGCCUGUGUGUUACCUGGAGGGCCGCGCCGGCGGCCGCGCCGCCGGGGUAGACGCCCGCCGCGGCGCCGGGGUUGCCGAGGAAGGGCUCGCGGCCGGUCUCCUCGUAGCGGAUGUUCGGGCGGAAGCCCUCCAGGUCGGCCUCGUACUCCACCACCUGGCGGCGGCCGUCGGGCAGCAGCACGUGGAACUCGCCCUGCGCCAGGUCGCCUUGGCGGCUCUCGCGGUGGCCGAAUUCGCUGCCGGCGCCGUCGUUCACCUCGUACUGGAACUCGUAGUUGGCGGGCUCCUGCGCACGCACACACGCACACGGAUUCAGUAGUGCAUACUCUUUUAAGGAAUAUUAAUGUAGUAGUAAUAAUUGCUUUGCAACAGUGUAUUCUACGCAAACAUCCCAGAUGUUUUCGCUUUUACAU